AUGGCAUCCCAAAGCAUGUACACCAGAGUUGCAGACUUGGAUCCGGAUAACCACUGGUUCGUCAGUGUAGCAGUCUGCCGGUACCAAGCAAACGAGCAGUUCACCGUGCUAGCUCUGAAGAUUGCUCUCAGAGAGGCCAUGGAUGAGUGGUGGAGCCUUCCGACAGGCCCAGUCCUAGACACUGAUGUAACUAUUGCCGAUGCUGUGAGGCGCAUAGUCCGUGAGAAGACUGGUCUUGGACUCCAGGUUCAUCACAACAUCCAGCAGAUAGAAUCAUCGUGGUGGAGUUUUCAAAACCGGACCCACGGGCAACUCAACUUUAUGAUCUACGAUACAUCUGCCGAACCAGUCACAAUCCAUUCCAACGAGUUCUUGGGGUAUGAAUGGGCGGGAGAAGAACGUUUUACAUCCGUCAACAUUCCCCUCAAAAUCAGCGAUUUGGUACAAACGGCAUUUGCAUUGCACUCCUUUGGAGUCGUUUGA